AGAGAGAGAGAGAGAGAGAGAGACGAAGAAAGAGAUAUAUAAAGAAGGAGCCUUCACGUGAGACAAGCUAAAGAAAGAAAGAUAUACGUCUGCUAAAGUAGUUGAUGUAAGAGAGAUAGAGAUCGGCGUUCGCUAUAACACGAGAAAGAUAAAAAAAGAAAGAAAGGGUUCGACCCCUCUUUGGAAAACUGGUUGAGAGGAGAACAUGGUAAAAGGAAUUCUGCAAAGCGUUGAACUCAACGCCGCCAACGAAUUCGACGAAGAAAGAAAACUGAAAAGAACGAGAUGGAGAAACCUUGUUGCAUUUUGGAUACUUGGAAUGUGCAACAAUUAUGGUUACGUCGUGAUGUUAAGUGCGGCACAUGAUAUUCUUAACAGCAAAUUUGGUAAUUCGAACACAACAACUGAGACUAACGUGACAGAAACAAUUACAGGAAGAUCAUGUAAUAGCAUAUCGACCGGAGCUAUACUUUUAGCUGAUAUAUUACCCUGUUUAGUUGUUAAAAUAACUGCACCUUUCUUGCCGUUUUUUGUGCAUGUUCGACUGGCUACCUGUGUGUUAUUUUCCGCUGCAGGAUUCAUCAUAGUAUCAAUGAGCAUUACAGAAUGGCUUGCAAUAUUGGGCGUCGUUAUAACAUCUGUUUCCUCGGGAUUGGGUGAAGUUACAUUGCUGAGUUAUAGUCAUCAGUAUCCAAAAGAAGUUAUCUCAACGUGGUCGUCGGGAACUGGAGGUGCCGGUAUCAUUGGUGCCCUAUCUUAUGCGAGUUUAUCAAUGUGGCUGAAUAUAUCAGAAACUUUGCUACUAAUGUUGAUUGUACCAUUAAUACAAGCUAUAACGUUUUGGUUCAUCUUGGUUCAUCCAACUCAAACAAAUAUUCCUAUUACCAAGGAUGGUAUAGAUAGUCAGGAACAUAUCAUUGAAUUACCGAGAAAAAGUUUCAAGGAUAAAAUCAAUUUACUUCCUGGUUUACUCAAAUACAUGAUUCCUCUUGGAUUCGUUUAUUUCUUCGAAUAUUUCAUUAAUAACGGCCUGUAUGAAUUAAUUCAAUACGAUAAUAUAUGGUUGAAACAUCAGGAACAAUAUAGGUGGUUUCAAGUAGACUAUCAGAUAGGUGUAUUUAUUUCGAGGUCAUCGGUGAAUCUAGUUAGCAUUAAUAAGAUCUGGAUUAUGGCUGUUCUACAGUUCCUCAACGUCAUUAUUCUACUUUUCGAGACGAUCUAUUAUUAUAUACCAAAUAUUUGGAUCGUCUUUACUAUUGUACUAUGGGAAGGUCUUCUAGGUGGUGGCGCCUAUGUUAAUACUUUCUACAGAAUGUCGACUGAGAUUCCACGAGCGGAUAGAAAAAUUUCUUUGGGAAUUGCCACAAUGGCAGAUUCGAUUGGUAUUGCAUUAGCAGGUUGGUUGGCAAUGCCAGUGCACAAUGCAAUUUGUCAUCUACCAAAACCAGUGCGAUUAGGUAGCUAGGAUGGAAUAUCCAAUUGUUUUCGAUAAAUUCUACAGAAAAAGAAAUUUUAAGAUCAUGCUAUCAAGGGAUGUGACAGAGAAAGAGAGAGAGAGAAAGAAGAACGAUCUUAAUAUCUAUAUAUACAUAUAUAUAUAUAUAUAUGUAUGAUGAUAUGUGUAUGUAUUUAAUUUAUUAUUUAAAAUCAUCCAACGGAUUGAGAAUUUUAUUGAUUGAUUCAAUCUAUGAAGUAUGGUCGUAAAUGGUUAGAUUACAUUUAAUCUUAUUAAUUUAGGUGAUGCGACCGAAAAUGAUGAAAGUGAUAAGAUCUUUAUGAUUUUUUUUUUUAUAAUCCAUCAAACAGAUAAAUUCUUUGUUAAUUUCAUCCUAUGUCUAUUUUAUUUAAACGUCUUUCUCUCUAUUUCUCUUUGGUAUAUUAUUAUAUAUGGGAAUGCGGAGAGAAUACGGUGAUAGAUGUUUCAGUGACGUCUGCGUUUAUUUUCCUUUUGUUGGAAUUUUUAAUAUUCAUCUUGUACAAAUGUGUACAUAUUCGUAAAAGAUUAGGAACAAGGAUAACGCGCGUCUAACUCGUUAUGAAGAUAAAGAGACUCACAUACACCCACAUGCCGUACACAUGUUCUCGCACAUACACACAUAAUUUAAAAAGGAAUCGUGGAAAUUAAUUUGUUCGAUUUUUCAAAAGUUACACAUAGUUUUUCGAAUGUUAACAUCAUGUUGAAAUUUUCAACUACAGAUUCCGUUACCAUUUUCUUUUUUUCUUAUUUUUUUUCUUCUUUUGUUUUUUUUCUUUUCUUUUUUUUUUUUUUUUUUUUAUUGCAUUAAAAUUUCCCGAUGAAUUACAAACGAAUUUUUUUUUAUUCAACUUCCAAACACUCGGCUAUGAUGAGACGAUACGACGUACAAGCAUUUAUAGCACUUAGCUUUUACAACGUCGAAUUACAUUAUUUAAUCUAUUUCGUUAAUUAAGGAUUAAUUCCAAUAUUAAUAGCCAGUCAUAUAGACGUUAUAGAUUAUUUCAUUAUGUGUAUAUAUACACAUUGGAAAAUUGUUUUUAUUAUUUUUUUUCUUUUUUUUUCUUGUUUUUUUUUUUUUUUUUUUUUUUUCAAUAAAUUGGACGCAAGAGAAAUGUCGAGUAUACGUGCGCAAAAAUUGUUCCUUCGAAAGUUUGCUAUAGCAAGAAAGGAAAAAAGAAAAGAAUAAAAAGGAAAAAAAAAAUUCAUAAGUACAUUCAAAGAUUUUUUUAAAAAAUAUUAUCCUUAUACAAUUUUGUGACUUCUUUUUUUUUCCUUACGCGAAAGCGCGAGUUUACUCGAACAUUUUUUUUUUUUUUAUCGAUCAACAGACGAUAAAUUUUUAUAUUGCAUAUCGUUGAUCUUUCAAUGUUGAAAAGCAUUAAAAAAAUAUGGAAGAAAAAUAGGAACUUCGAUAAAGCAACGUGCGAAUGAUUUGGUUAAAAUAGGAACUGUAUCGUUACCUUUUUAAUAAGCACGUUGAUCCAACGACAUCGGCGAUUGUAUAAAACGAUAUUUUGAUUAAUAAAAUGUUUUACGUAUUGA